AUGCCAACUGCGCCGAAGAACGCAGCCUCUCCCGCCCCAGCAGCUGCACCCGCCCUCAAAGACCCGGUUUCUCUCGCGGGCGCUUCUGCAGCCUCUUCGCUUCUCGCCUCUUCCGAGGCGUCGCGCACCAGUGAGGAGAAUCAGAACGCGGGCUGGCCAGCUGAGACCGGCGAAUUCGAGCGAAACGCGCCGGCGCGCCCAGACCCUUCCUCGGCCGCGGGGAAAGAAGAACCAGAACGAGAGAAAAUGUCGAACGAAGGCGCUGUCCCUCCGCCCUCACCCGAAGGUCUCCGGCCGGAGCAGCGAACCACGAACGCCAGCGAGACCGACACGAAACAGCCAGCACCAUCGCCUCUUCCCACACUCGCCUCUCUUUCUUCUCUCGCACCUUCACCCCUGCUUGCUUCUGUCUCCGGUUCUCUCGCGUCUCCCAAGAAUGCAGGGACUCUCGAGGAGGCAGCCGUGCCGGGGAAGAGGCGCGCGAGCGACGACGCCGGCUCACCGUCUGCGUCGAGGAAGCGCCUGCGGAAACCCGACGAAAACAAGGAGCCGAACAACACAGCGACAGUCGCAGGGAAAGACGAGGCGAAGGCCGGAGAGGCGAAGGAUCAGACCGCGCCGGCUGUCUCGACAGCAGAGGAGCGGGACUCAACAAACACGCGCCGCCUGCGAGCGGUUCCCGAAGAAAGCGAGGAACGCGAAGAAAGUGAAGAAGAGGAGGACGAGGACGAGGAAGAAGGGAACCGAGAUGACCCAACAGUCAUUGCAGAGGAGUUCACAACUGGAAACGCCGACUCCGCCGCAGUGUCUCAGAGACUGCUUGUGGGGACGCACACGAGUUCCGGCGACGGCAACUCUCUUCUGGUCCUGCAGGUGUCUCUGCCGGCGAAGCCGAUCGAGGACGAGGCGUCACGGGCGUAUGUCGAGCGUCCUACAGAUUACGACGGCUUUAGUUUCGGAAUGAACCCCUGCAAGUUCAAAACGGUCAAGAGCUUCCCCCACGACGGCGAAGUGAACGUCGCAAGAUACAUGCCCCAGAAGCCUGACAUCGUCGCCACCAUGGGCCCGCAAGGGUUCGUUUACGUCUACGAUGUUUCGCGCGUCUCGGCAACGUCGGGGGGGGCUCUCCUGAGGCUCCCCGCUCACUCUACUGACGGCUUCGGCUUAGCUUGGAAUUCCCUCGUCGAAGGGCGUGUGGCGUCGACCUCAAACGGGGGCACGAUUUGCCUGCACGAUGUACAGGCGGCUCUCGCCUCUUCCGCUGCUGGGGCGCCGCUUCGAACCUUUACGGCGUCGAAGAGUGCAGUGAACGACUGCUGUUGGAUGGCCGACGACGCGUCGUUGCUCGCAACCUGCGGAGAUGACGGCGUCUUGAAAGCCUCUGAGACGGACCUCCUCACCUGCUUGUGUGGCGACGAAAAGCAGCCAAACACCGUCGUGUGCGGAGACAAUCGCGGGACUCUGCGUGUGUUUGAUCGACGCCGCGGCGAGAAACCCGUUCAUACCAUCGAGGCUGCACACCAGGGCGAGGUUACGCGAGUCGCUUUCUCUCCUUCUCAGUCGGGCCUUCUCUGCUCAGCGAGCCGUGAUCGAUUCGUCUCUCUCUGGGACCUACGGAAAGUCGGAGAAGAACAAUCCGAAGAAGACGCAGAAGACGGCCCGCCUGAGCUGCUGUUCUCGCACGGCGGUCACGUGGCGGCAGUGAGCGACGUCGCGUGGAACCGGGAAGAUCUCGCCUCUCUCGAGAAGGUUGUGGCCUCCGUCGGGGAAGACAAUCGUCUGCAGAUCUGGCAGCUGAAACACUCGGUCUUCUGCGACGACGCCAGUGACGACGACAACGACGACGAUGAUGACGACGUGGAAUAA